AAGGUGGGGGUUGGACAUUGUAAGUAUUUUAAUGUGACCUUCAUCAGGCAUUCAUGUCAACUUAUCUAUUUAUGAUUCCAGUUUCUUCCACUCUGUUGUUCAAUUAGUGCUUGACCCCUUUAGCGGCAUUGUAAAUUAAAUGACAUUUCCGUGUCGUCCCAUAUUUAAAAUACUGCGUUAGUUGCGGAUCAGAAAUGAUGAUCUUCAUUCUGCAGCUAAUUUAUUCAUUUAACAAUUUCCCUCCAGAAGUUGCAGCAGAAGGCUGUGGAGCAACCUGAGCAGAAGAAAUCCAAGUCGGCUGAAUUUCUGAUGGCAGACAGAGUCUUUAUGGAGGGUGCUGAGAAUCCUGCAUUCCAGGAGGACUCGGAAGAAGAGCUUGAAAUGAGAAGUGGUGGGCACGAUAGCACGCUUGCAGCUCAGAAGUGUGCGGGGCUGCAGGCCGCUGCUAUGGCACAAGGAAAUGAAGGUGCCCAAAAUUACUUUGACCCCUCGUCGGCAGCGGAGGGUGACCCAAGGCGGUGCAGGAUGUCUGGGGUCGGAGGCAGAGAUGAGCUGGAAUUAAAAUUUAUGAAUGAAGAUGAGAGAAACCUUUAUGAGAGACUUUCGGAAAUGUUUCAAGAAGAAGAUGCCUCCACUGUCAUAGAUUUACCAGGUAUGGUGACGUCUGAGCAUGCUGAGAAUGUUCACCCAGCAGCUGAGAAUGGAUGGAGAGAUCGAUGGAGGGCUGAGCUGUCGGAGAGGAGAGUGGAGGUCAUUCCUCAGUAUGUGGAGCAGCUGAAAGAGUGUGUUCAGAGAGACAUGAUCCCAGUUAGCAGACUCACAUCAGAGCAGGAAGAGCAUUCGGAGCGAGGGAAGACGGAGGAAAAGGUGUGGGCGAGGAAGCAGAGAGUAAUGUCGCUCUUAAGGGGAAAUUCAAAGAUUAGGCGCAUAGAUGAAGAAGAAGCCAUUCUGCAGGACAGACUCUAUGCUGUGUUCCAGCGGGCGGAAAAUCGCUUGCUGAAUUCUCUGCGUCAACACCAGGCUGAGGUCGUCAACCAAUAUGGUGAAAUUAUCGAAGAGACAGAAAACACAGAACCACUGGGCAUUGAAUCUGACCUCCACUGGCAGGUGGAAUGGAUACGGACCCCGGAGCCCAUAGAGGUGCUUGUUUUGUGUUUGAGGGCCGUGAGAGAGAAGCUGCCCAGAGGUCUGUACUCACUGAGCGUGUCUCUUCAGACUCAACUGGGCGGCCGCACGCUGCGCUGGUCCCGUCUGCAGGAGCAGCAGUGGGUUGGAAGAACAGAACCCGUGGAACACCAGGGCCGAUACUUUGACAUAGAGCUCAACAUUAACCAGAGCCUCUGCAUGGUCUUGCCUGCAUCAUGUGAUCUGUUGCCAUCCAGUGUGUUAGUGUUCAGGCUGUUAUCUCUGCCCGGAGAUCACAGUUCUGUGAGUUCUGUAAUGGGCUGGGGUGCAUUUCCCGUCUGCGACUGCUCCUUCCAACUCUUCAAUGGAAAGUUCAAGACCCCUCUCUUGCGUGGCAGUCCGAACCCCUCACUCAACCAGUUCCGCAGAAUUGAGCAUCUGCUUUCCACUGACCUGGACAACUGGCUAUGCAACCUCUACUUCCAGGUGAAGAGACUCCCGCGGGGUAGCACUGGGGUGCCGGAGCGCAGCUUCACCCUGCAGAUCCCUUCUCACCCCCAGCUGAGCUCCAGCCAGGGGCUUCAUCCCCAUCCUGACACCUCCAUCCGCUCUUCUGCUUCUCUGCCAGGUAAGAGCCCCAGUGGACCUGUGCCGGCCUCUGAGCCCAGCAACCAGACAAACUGUCCCAUCGCUGAGAAAACCAAGGCUGAAAUUCAUAGCAAGAGCGGCAGGCAGAAGAAGAUAAUCGAGAAAAACAGUGAGGCGCUCAAACCUUUCCCUAAAGAUCAGCUAGACCAGUUCACCUUCUCUGUGAGAUCUCAGCACCACAACCAGCACAGGUCUGCCGCUGUGUGCUGUGGGACGGGCGAGAGAACACGUCUGGCAGUGCGUCUCCUCCCGUCACUGCUCGGUUUGUCCUGCCAUCCACGUCCUCAUCUGUCUCAGAUCAGUCUGACCAUUCUCCUGUUCAGCUUAAUGUGGUUUCCCCGUCUGUACCUUCAUUACUGCAGCCAGUGGCUCUUCCUGCAGGCUCAACACAUCCCCAUCAACAGAUUUUGGUUGGGUGCGCACACGGUGGAUCUGGUCUAUCAGGGUUCGCUGCUGUCUACCCUGGAGGAGGUUCUGCUGGUGCUGCUGGGCCCCCUGACCUUGAAUGCAGCUACGCUACUGCUGCUCCUGAUCAGAUGGGGCUGUCAGCUAACGUUUGGCUCACCGCCCUCCUUCCUGUCAAAGUUUAUCAUGGCUGCGGCGGUGUGGACAGUGCUGGACCCUCUGGCGGUCUUUUCUGUGGAUGCCGUCCUAGGGCGUCUGUCCUACAGUGCAGAGGAACCGUUAGCAGAUGCUGCUAAGCUGUACUGGCAUUUCUUUCGGACUGAGCAGUCGGGCACAGCAGGCAUCAUCAUCACACUCUUCUUGUACGGUGUCCACUGCAUCCUCUCCUUCACCUUCCUUUAUGUUUACUUCCUCAGACUUCACAAUGAUGGGAGACUAUUAGAUAUCUACCAGCGGCUCCACAGCACUGAGGGAGCAUUCUUUGUUCCACAUGACAUGGAGGUUUCCAACCAGGAGCUCAAUUACAUUGUAAAGAAGGCAGAGCAAUGGAGAGGCUUCAAUGGAGAGAGACGUAAGGUGGCAGUGUACGACUACAUCUGGACGGAGGAGGAGCCUGUGGUAGAAUUGGCACAACCUUCGGGCACGCCUAAUACCGGAUGUGAGACCAGCACCCAUGUAUCCAUCUACACCCUGCACUUGAGCGGCCUGCGCCAACAUCACAGACACUUCCUGAGACAACCUGAUGGAGCCAUUAUAGAGGUGAUGCAUGAUUCUGACAAUAAAGAGUUUCAGAGAUCAGAGGUGCACGGGGAACAUGGGAGGAUGAAGAAUGCAAUGCAUCUCAGAGAGAGGAAGAGGAGAAAACCUGCCUGGCGAUCACACAGGGUUGAGCCUCUUGGAGGAAGUGCCUGUGAAUCAAGCAAUGGAAUAAAAGAGACCAGUCCAUAACCAUAAUAUGUCUAAAAAUCUACUAAACAGAGAAAGAGCUCUCACAGCAUUUGUUUUCAGAUGCUACUUGGUUUGAUAUUUUAGAACUUUUAAGUGUGACUUAUGUAUCCAAAUACUUUUUGAUAAAACUGUAUACUUGUGUACAAAAACAUGGCAGCAUAACUCAUAAAGGACUCCAGUCAAACUUGCACUAUCAUGAAUUUUAAUGAAAGUUUAAAUGCAGCUUUAAUUACAUUAAUCAAAAGGAACGUACAAUCUGAUUUUGACUUUCAUUGGUUUCCAGUUUUUGGUGUCAGAUCUCCUUGCACAGAAGUAGAAACCAAUACCAGAAUGUCAAAGAAAAGUACAAUACAUAAAUGCAAAGCUUUUCAUCACUCAGGAAACAAUGUAAAGUAACAGUUCUAUGAAGACAUGAAUGCGGGUCGUUUGGUCUUCACUGCUGCUUCAACACCAUGAAAAAUGACGAUUCUAAAAGUCACUUAUCAAGACACAGUGAUAAAAUAUCAAUAUUGGGGCCACAUUAAGCAGGAUAAUAUUCUGUCUGCCUUGAUUUGUAUUGAGUAUGUGUCUGCUGCCCGGUGCUUGACGUAAUGAACUCGCCCACAAAUCAGGCCUUAAUGGGGCCCUACUUAUAUAUACUGCUUAAUUAAAGGUUGUGGGCUUAUUAACAUGUGUCAGCGGUGGCGGCCGGGUGAGAUUGAAUCUGUUCGUACGGUGCCAGGUUGUAAAGGUUUUAUAGAUAACCUAUCAUUAUUAAACCCCAUUGCUUAAUAUCAGAUCUUAAUAACCUGUCAUUUUCAUUGAUGAUGAUUUUCUUUAUGGGAGGCCAUUAUGGCCCAAAGUUGCGGCUGUUUGGGGAAAAGCUGUUUGGGACUCUCGGCACCUCAGCGCUUAUGACUCUCGUGUGCUCAUUGAACUUUCUGUCUUUUAUGCGACGAGAGAGCAUCAGUGAGUAGUGACCAGAGGGCUUUUAGCUCAGAACAGCCCAGCUGAGAUGAGCCUUCAUCUGUUUCUCUCAGUGUAGAGUUCAAGAGAGCUUCUUCCCUGACCAGCAUCAGAAAAACACAUCC